UCCUGACUUAAAAUGCUUAAAGUGUUAGCCUGCGGAGUGCAGCAAGUGCGUGCGCUGUCAUCGUCAACCGCAUCCGUGACGCGUUUACACCGAUCUGUGUAUUGCCGCAGUUAUCCAACUGUCGUUGUACAUCCCGAUGGCUCCACAACCACCAUACGUUAUCACGAACCCCGCAAAAUAAUCAAGCUCCCUCUGGAUCUGAGCACAUUGUCUGAUGUGGAGCGUAAGGCGCGUUUGGAGGCCAGAAAGCCCCGCAAGAAAGUCAAGAUUAUGGAGGAAGUGGAGGACAACUUCAAUGCUAAGAAGUAUAUGAAGUACAUUAAAAAGAAAUAGUCCGUUAUUUAGAUUUGUAAAUAAAACAAAAACAUUGUAGAUUUGUUAUAUAAAA